AACAAAAAAAAAACAGGUAAUGAAUUAGUGAAAAGAUGUAUGAAUAAAUAAUACAAAUAGAUAAGUAAACAGAGAAAAAUAGAUUGGUGAAAAAUGAAUAGAUAAGUGAAAUAAUUUCUAAAAUGAAUUUCUAGAUGGAUAUAUUGAUAGAUCUAGGCAUAAGUGUUUUAAUAUCAUAAAUAAUCAAAAUCAUUAAACCCCAAAAAAUAAAUAAAAUGGAUAAAGUGACGAAACAAAAUACAAGAAAAAAAACUAAGAAAAAAUAAAAUGGUUCGUUGUCUCUAACCUGCUUUGACCUCCUCCUUCUUCCCCUUCAGGAGAUGGCGGUCAUGUCCUCCGCCACGGCCUGCGCCCCCAUCACCUCCCACAACACUUCCGGAGGCUCCAUCAGCAACCUGGCCACGUGCUCCGUCGGGGAGGCCAUGAGUGGAGGCAGUGGAGGAGGUGGAGGAGGUGGAGGUGGAGGAGGAGGUGGAGGGACGCUGGCGGAGAAGCUGCAUGGCCUCACCGAGAAGUUCUCCUCCCUAGGCCACAACAGGAGCGACUCGGAGGCGUCUAGUCGUACCAGGACAGGGAGCAUCGGGGCGUGCGUCCACCCGCUUGUCACCGUCACGCAGACCAACAGCUACACGGACGGCAAGAUGGAGAAGAGCACAGACUCCUCGCCCUCGCACUCGCAGAUGUCAAGGUCGUCCUCGAAGAAGUCAAACAACUCGCUGCUCGUCACGAAUGGAAAGCUGGAAGAUAUGAAACAUCUCGUGCGGAAAUCGAGCAGCAUUGAGGUCCAUACUGUCAGAGUUAACUUGAAGGACAUCAUUUGCUACCUCACAUUACUUGAAGGAGGCCGUCCUGAGGAUAAGCUUGAGUUUGUGUUCCGAUUAUAUGAUACAGAUGGGAAUGGAGUUCUUGAUACGAAUAGAGCGCCGGCGUCCUGCAUAGCGACCUACGUGAAGAGCAAAAGGACGUCACAAUCGAUGCUCCACCACUGGGUCGAAGGCAACUGUCCGGGGAAGUGUUCGAGGUGCAAGAAGACCAUUAAGAGUUAUAAUUGGAAUCACGGGUCUGCACUGCGGUGGUGUCAUUUGCGGAUCUUAACGGACAUGAUGGCGGAGAUAGACUACGAUAACGACGGGACGGUUUCGUUGGAGGAAUGGAAGAGAGGAGGGAUGACCACCAUUCCCUUGCUCGUGCUGCUCGGCCUCGAUACGAACAUGAAAGAAGACGGGAACCAUGUGUGGAGGCUCAAACACUUCAGCAAACCCGCGUAUUGCAACCUCUGCCUCAACAUGCUAAUGGGCCUUGGCAAGAAGGGUCUCUCUUGCGUAUUCUGCAAGUACACGGUCCACGAACGAUGCGUCCAGAGAGCGCCGGCGUCCUGCAUAGCGACCUACGUGAAGAGCAAAAGGACGUCACAAUCGAUGCUCCACCACUGGGUCGAAGGCAACUGUCCGGGGAAGUGUUCGAGGUGCAAGAAGACCAUUAAGAGUUAUAAUGGAAUCACGGGUCUGCACUGCCGGUGGUGUCAUUUGCGGCUGCACAACAGAUGCGCGUCGCAGGUGAAGCCCGACUGUACCUUCGGCGAGCACCGGGUCCACGUGCUUCCCCCGACGUCGAUCUGCCCCAUCGUCCUCGACCGACAGAGGUCCAUUUCGAAGGAGAAGAAAGGGAUUCCCCGGUCUGAUUCCACGCCGGCGGGGCUGAGCGAAGGGACGGUCUCCACACCGAUGUCGUUCCAGAUCACUCCCCUUCCAGGCACGCAUCCCCUCGCCGUCUUCGUCAAUCCUAAGAGUGGAGGCAGACAAGGGGCGAGGAUAUUGAGGAAGUUCCAGUACCUGCUGAACCCCCGCCAGGUGUACAACCUCGCGAAGGACGGUCCUCUGGCGGGCCUGCAGCUGUUCAAGGACGUGCCCAAUGUCAGGGUCAUCGUCUGUGGAGGAGACGGUACCAUAGGCUGGAUUCUUGAACAGAUGGAUAAAGUACAGUGGAGUGUGGCCCCGUGUGUAGGCAUCAUCCCCCUUGGCACGGGCAACGACUUGGCACGGUGCCUUCGAUGGGGUCCCGGAUAUGAGGGAGAGAGUCUUCAUAAAGUCCUUAAGAAGAUCGAAAAGUCGACGGUGGUGAUGAUGGACAGGUGGCACAUCGAAGUCUCGGAGCAAACAGGGACGCACGAAGACAUGGACGAGGUGGCGGACAAGAUCCCUUAUAAUAUCGUCAACAACUACUUUAGUAUAGGCGUGGAUGCGGCGAUCUGCGUGAAGUUCCACCUCGAGCGGGAGAGGAAUCCGGAAAAGUUUAACAGCAGGAUGAAAAACAAACUUUGGUACUUCGAGUAUGCAACUUCUGAAACCUUCGCCGCCUCCUGCAAGAAUCUGCACGAGGAUAUUGACAUCAUGUGCGACGGCGUGUCCCUCGACCUCUCCAACGGCCCCUCCCUCCAAGGCAUCGCCCUCUUAAACAUCCCCUACACCCACGGCGGCUCCAACAUGUGGGGGGACAACGCCACGAAGAAGAGGACGAAAGCGACGAAGAGCAAGAAGAAAAAGGACAGGGAGAGGGAGCUGUCGACGUCCUCCUUCACGUCGGCGGAUUUGAGCAAUGCGAUACAGGACAUCGGCGACAAGCUCAUUGAAGUCAUCGGUUUCGAGAACUGCCUGCACAUGGGCCAGGUGAGGACGGGGCUUCGCGGAUCCGGACGACGCCUUGCCCAGUGCUCCUCCGUCGUCAUCAGGACCAGGAAGAAGUUCCCUAUGCAGAUCGACGGAGAGCCUUGGUGUCAGCCCCCGUGUACCAUACACAUCAGCCACCACAAUCAGGUGCCGAUGCUGAUGGGUCCGAGCACGUGUAGAAGAAAGGGCUUCUUCUCCUUCAUGCGGAAGUGACAGGGGGACUCCGGGGUGACGAAAGGUACCCCCAAAUGCGCCAAGGACUCUCUCAGGUUUUCCAAACUCCGGUGUUUCACGCGCAGGUCGUAGAGCCCGCGCGAGCACGAAGGAAGGAGAGAGGAGAGUGAGACGAAGCCAAAGCCAGUGCCAAGUCAACGCUUCUGGAUGAUCAAGACUGUGGGGAGAUGUGACUGAAAGUGAAAAAAAAAAAAAAAAAUGAAGAGAAAAAUAAGAUAAAGAGAGAAUGGAUGAAAGAAGAAAAUCGGAGAAAGAGAGUGAUUCGUUUUGAGUGCAUCCAGCAAGUUACUCCAGUAUUUCCCCAUAUCAGUAUCCAAAAUAGAUAAAUAAUGGAUAUGGCAGAUGGAGACGAUUAAUGUAAUCAGUGCUGGAAUUAUAAUUAUACUCCAUAAUGCCAGAAAAAAAUAAGAAGGAAGCCAAAAUGAUAGGUUUAAGAAAGAAAAAUCCUGAAAAAAAAGACGAACGUUAUGCGUAUUUUCCAGUGACGUCAUAGCUUCCCGAAAUUCCUUAUGGAAUCAAUAUAAAAAUUCAGUUUACAUGCUCUUUGCUGAUGCGUGGAAAACACAAAUACAUAUAUAUAUUUCAGCAUAAUACUAUCCAAAGCAUAAUGUGUUGUGAAAUGAAAACUUAGAAAUAUCAAACAACUCUAUUUUAAAAAAAACUUUACUUUUUUGCCAUUUCAGAUCCCAGAAAAGCAUCUUGCAGAUUUAAUGCCGUAUUUAAGACCCCCCCCCCCCC